AUGCAGAAUCAAAAACAUCCGGGGAGUGACUUACAGCAGAGAAAUAGAGAAAGUCCAAGGAAAAUCCUUUUGUUCACUCGCAUUGGUCGCAACAAUGUGGUCAUUGUGUCAGCGGUUCGAACACCGAUUGGUCGUUUCAACGGAUCAUUAAAGAAACUAACUGCUCCGGAACUUGGUAUCGUAGCUGCGAAGGGCGCGAUCGAAAAAGCUGGUCUAAAACCCGAACAUAUUGAGGAAAUUUAUUUCGGAAAUGUUUUGCAGGCAAACCAAGGUCAAUCUCCUGCACGCCAGGUUGCCAUUGGAGCAGUUUCAACAGAAGCAACGACGAUUAACAAAGUUUGUGCAUCUGGCAUGAAAGCUGUCAUACUGGCAGCACAAAAUUUGGCUCUAGGCGAUAGAUCGGUCAUGAUUGCUGGUGGUAUGGAGAGUAUGUCUAAUACCCCGUAUGGUAAUUGCGCGGAGAAUACAGCGAAGGAAUAUGGUAUUUCUCGGGAGGCUCAAGAUGAACACGCUAUUGAAUCAUAUAGACGUGCAGCUAAUGCCUGGAAG